AUGACAGUUCAAAGUAAAAUGGUGUCACUUUGUACCUGCCAGGAAUUUCAACAUUGCUGGACAGAUAAAUGUGUAAAUGCCGUGUCUGGUCUGAUAUUGGCCGCAACACCAUAUUGCCUUAGAGUUUAUACCAUGGUUUAUGUGGUCUCCUUAGUUAUGCGUGGUAAAAUUCCCACUUUAGAUGAUUUAAAGAAAACAGUACGAGGCAUUCUGCAGUCCACAGCAUUUUUGGUUACCAACGCAUACGGUUUUAUUAUGUACAAUUGUCUACUGCGUAACCUUAUGGGCUAUUACACCAAAGCCAGUGUUGCAUUUCUACCCUGUUUCUUGGCCAGUUUAAUGGCUAUUGUUGUAGAGAGACCCCAAAGGAGACCUAUGUUGGCUUUGUAUGUUGCCAACGUUGCCACAGAGACUCUUUGGAAUAUGGCUGAAGUACGUGGUUGGGUAAAAUCCAUACCAAAUGGUCAGGUUUUACUGUUCGGUGCCAGUGUUUCAGUAUUAUUGUAUUUGUAUAAAUUGGGUCUACACAAAACCACAUGUAAAGAUUCCCUCUUUGGUUUGUUGAAAAUCUUCGUGGGCAAGUCGGAGGAAGGUCCAGCGACGAAGGUGGUGGAGAGUUUAGAAGGUAAUUCGCAAUCAUUGCCUACGAACAGACAACAAAGAUCUCGUCCCCGCAUCAACUUUGCCACCAUCAACGGUUGGGUCCAGGCCUAUUCACGUUUCAUUGAGGCACUCAAGGGAAAACAUGAAACCUGUAAUCACAAAGAAAGUUGUGUCCAUUAUUCGAUAAUGGGUGGCCUUAAACCUCUAGUUGGUGGUAUUGGUGUCCAGGUGGCCUUAAAAUUGCUGCUGAAUAUCAGAAAGGUUGUGCAAAAUAAAUUGGACUGGAAGAAAACGGUGUUCAAUAAGAAAACAAUGAAUUUGGGUCUAUUUUUGGGUGCUUUCUCAUUCCUAUUUAAGUCUGUUUCCUGUGGCCUUAGACACGGUUUUGAUCGUGACGAUCCCAGAUUUGCCAUACCAGCUGGUCUAAUUGCCAGCACAAGCUUCCUCUACUAUCCCGAUAAAACAGUAGCUUUAUAUGUUAUGUGGAAAACAUUACAGAUUGUCUACAAUUUGGGUAUUGAAAAGAAGAAAUUACCCAAGGUACAUGGUUUUACGAUAAUGCUAUAUGCCUUCUGUACAGCGGUACUCUUCCAUGCCGGUAUCUUGGAGCCAAAGUGUUUGAGACCCAGCUAUUACAAAUUCUUGCAGGAUAUUUCGGGUGGAAGAUUUAAUCACUUCAACAUGGUACCCUUGGAUGUCUUUGGACUAAAUACUGCCAAACAAACCGAAGAAGUUUUGAUUAGCCUUAAACUAACCGAUAGAUCACAAUUACCUAAAUUUGCCAUGGCUGAUUGGUAA